AUGACGACGAGGACAGAGACGUCGUCGUCCCUGAAGAAUAAAUAUUUAAUUAUUGCUCCUCGAGUCCUUCCCUCCUCACGCUCCUCCUCCUCCUCCUCAGCUCCUCGCCUCCUUCUUGCCAUUUCGCGGCUUGUUGCCGAGCAACGCGUCCAUCUCCGCGAUGAGGGGCGGAGUCAGCUGAGUCAGAACCUGCAGGAGACGAAGACAGGAAGUGGUUUCAACCAAUCACAGGCCGACAUGUUGUAUACACUGAUGGUGUCAUCAGAUCCUUUACUGCAGUAUAAAGUACUCUCGGGUGCUUGUCGCUGCUGGGGGGGCAGAGGCUGGGCGGACGGCGGGGGCCCAGCCUCUCCUGAGCGGGUCUCCUGGGCUGUAAACGCCGGGGGAGAGCACAUGUGGGACGUGCACGGCAUCCACUUCAAAAAGGACCCGCUGGAAGGGAAGCUCGGCAAAGCGUCUGAUUAUGGAGUGCGUCUGCCAAUCCUGCGCUCCAGUCCCGAGGACCAGAUCCUGUAUCAGACGGAGCGAUACAACGAGGACACCUUCGGGUACGACGUCCCCAUCCGCGAGGAAGGAGACUAUAUACUCGUUAUGAAGUAUGCAGAAGUUUACUUCGCCCAGUCGCAGCAAAAGGUGUUCGACGUGCGUCUCAACGGCCACGUGGUGGUGAAGGACCUGGAUAUCUUCGACCGAGUGGGUCACAGCACCGCCCACGACGAGAUCGUCCCCUUCUCCAUCCGACGUGGCAAGCUGAGCGUGCAGGGGGAGGUGUCCACUUUCAACGGCAAGCUCAGCGUGGAGUUCGUAAAGGGUUAUUACGACAACCCCAAAGUGUGCGCUCUCUACGUGAUGAAGGGGACAUUAGAAGGUGAGUUUAUUGUGUUUUAUAACAGUAGCUGUAAGAUGGGCACACUCUGUACGACCUCUGAGCUUCCAUAA